UGACUCCGUAGCUUGAAGGAAUAGAAGCGCCCGUCUAGCGAAUUGGGAGUCGUGAGUUCGAGUCUCACCGGAGUACGUGGAUUUCUUUUCAUAAUUUCAAAUCUCAAUUUGUUCAUCGAGCACAUGUUCUGUUGUGCACAUGGAUGUCAAAGCAUUUUCAACAGUGUAAUUUCCCACAUGGCUUGGUCAGCCAAAGCAAAAUCAAGAAAUUGACAUUUGUAAGGUGCUACGGUCACCCUUACCGUAUUCGGUCGGCCGAGGACCGACCCGUCGAGAGUCCGACUGCACACUAAUUGCCAUACCAAUAAGUGAUUGGAAGGCAGUGCCCGAAGCUGUCGACAAUUAAAAAUAACUUCCUCUCCCGCUUUGACAUACAUGUGCACAACAGACAAUGUGUUAGAUGUUCAUCUAAUCCCAUCCGUAGGGGGUUUGGAUUGUGAAAAGAAGAUAACCAUGUGCGAUUGUGGAAUCGAGUUCAGUUCUAGGCCUGCUGGCGACGGAGAUAGUCGAGUGACUCCGUAGCUUGAAGGAAUAGAAGCGCCCGUCUAGCGAAUUGGGAGUCGUGAGUUCGAGUCUCACCGGAGUACGUGGAUUUCUUUUCAUAAUUUCAAAUCUCAAUUUGUUCAUCGAGCACAUGUUCUGUUGUGCACAUGGAUGUCAAAGCAUUUUCAACAGUGCAACUCAGCACUGUUUUUUUUUUCGUAUUCUCCUAGUCGCAUUCACCCUGUUCAACGCGUUCACCAUGUUCGCGUUUUGAUAACCAAACGAGCGAGAGUCGUCGCAAAGGUGAACGUGUGAAAUUUUCUGUUUCUGCUUAGAUCACGCUGUGCUCCGUUCCGUCGCCAUCAGUCAGUCAGUCGAGUUGAGUCAGUCAGUGUUGUUCGUCGGCUUUGCAGUCAAUCUACGGGCGGCUAGGAAAGUAGUUUAUUAGAAGGCAACGACGACGGUCGUGGUAAAGACGGAACCAUCCGUCGCGUAUUAUUCGGAGUGGGUGGGGGGAAUAGGUAAAUUUCAGUCUCAGCAGCAGCAGCAGAGCACUCGAGUUGGAAGCAUUCUAGUAGUGUUGCGUAGUCGAGCGAAACCAGCGAGAAAAGAAAGGCGACGACGACGACGGUGUGAAGGCAGUGUAUUUGAGUGAUUUUGGCUAAUGAAGGAGGUUUUUGCAUAUUCGAUUCGAAGUGACAGAGUGUGAAAGGAAAAGACCCAGCUAUUUUUGUGAGGUCGUCGGAGCCACAAUGAUCGGGCAUGAGACAGUUCAGUUCCGGAUUCCGAUUGGACAUUUUGGAUAUCAGUGAGUGUGCAAGAGAUGUGAUUUUUUUUUCAAUUCAAGAAAAUAUUUGACAGCGGAGUUGCCACAUACAAAGAUUAUCGAGUGAGAUCACUCGGAAAUGGAGUAGACAUCAAUAUUCAAAUCGAUUGAUUGCUCGAUGGAUGUUGUCGAUCCGAAUCACCGAGUUACCUCGAGUGAUUCGAGAAAUGAUCCCGUAAAGUUUCUCAACCGCAAAGUAUAUCAAUCAAAUGUGAUCUACUAAUGUAACAGUGAAAAUAGUGAAACUACGAAAGCUAUCGAAACUGGCUGUAGGAGGAAGAAAUAGCAAUAGUGAAUAUUUUCCUCGUAAAACUAAGCAAAGAAAAAAAACGAGAAAUAUCUAGGUGGUGCCGUAUGUGUAUGUGUGUCUGCAUCUCUAAUAGUGCCAACCAGUCACAGCAAUAGUCGGAGCGCCACCGCCGGAGGCAGUUUUGGGUCCAAAUAUUACAAGUACUUGCCAGAUAGCUUGACAGCUAGUGAGAUAGUUCAAGUUUUUAGCAGAUAUAGUGGCAGUGGUGAGACGUGACCCAGCAAUAACAGCGACAACAACUCGUCAGACGGCGAACGAAACGGCCAACAAGCUUCUGAAUAAUCAACUAGGGAAAGCUUAAGAAGAAAGUCCCACUUGCCGCAGAUAGCGAAAUGCUCUGGGGCAACUGAGAGCAGUUAACUAAAGGACUCUAAUUUGACUUUUUCCCAACCGAAGCUACCGCAGCCGCCACCGUUGUUGGUUCUUGGCCGUAGCAUGAACAAGGUCCAGCGACGCCGCUUGGUCCGGCCAAGCUGGUCACCAUGAAGCGCCGGCCGCUGCUGCUGGACAUCGGCGCACCCAUCACUGGUAAAACAACCAUGGUGGACACUCGUUGUUGGUGCUGCUGCAGUGAGAGAGUACACACGGACCAUUUCCGCACCGACAACAACAGGAAUAACACCAACCGCUACAGUAGUGGCAAGGCAUGUAAAAUUAGUACCGGUGGGCCAGUUUCGUUCAGCGACGCUGUGGGUCUAUCAUUUGCCGUACCAGUCGUGCUAUCCGGGCUCGAGUGAAGCACUUAAAACGUGCAAGUGUGAAGAAAAUACGAGCAAAAUUGAAAUAAUAUGCAAAUAGUUGAUCCCAAGCCAAAAUAUAGUUUAGUGCAAUUGAGAAAAAAGAAAAGAAGAAAGCAUAUUGUUGUGGUGUAUUUGUGUGGGGAGGCAAGCUAGAAAAGAAUUGGCUCGAGCAGUGAUGGUGGUGAAAAAUAGUUUAUUUUUGUGAAAAUAGAACCACACUAAUAGCUCGGCAGAAAAGUAGCGGUGGAGUAGAAGAGAGUGAAGUGAGAUUCACGGGUGAAAGGGUAUUGGCGUGUGUUUGCGCCCAAACUGCUGCGAGUGGUCGAAAUAUUUGGAAAAAAAAUCUACGCUGAAAGGCGGAAAGGGCGCAAAUAAGCCAUCAAAAUGACCGAUCAAAAGAAAGGCCUAGCAGGGCUAAGCCUGUCCAGCCUGUCGGUGAUCUCAGCAUCCAACCGGCUGCGCGAGCUCGAAUCGCUCAUCAUCGACAAUGUCACCUCGAACAACAACCUGAACAGCGCCGGCAUGUCGUCGGAGAAAUUCCUCUCGAUCGAAACGCUGCUCGACUGCAUGCUGGUGCUGUACGACGAGUGCUGCAACUCGUCCCUCCGCCGGGAGAAAACUGUGUCCGAUUUUAUCGAGAUGAUCCGAUCGGUGGUGCAGUGCAUCAAGCAGUUGCGUCUCUCGCGGGAGGACUUCGAGGUGCUCAAGGUCAUUGGCCGCGGGGCAUUCGGCGAGGUAUGCGUCGUGCGGAUGAAUCACACUAGUCAGAUUUACGCGAUGAAGAUUCUGAACAAAUGGGAGAUGUUGAAGCGUGCUGAAACGGCGUGCUUUCGUGAGGAACGCGAUGUGCUGGUAUUCGGUGAUCGAAGAUGGAUUACCAACUUGCACUAUGCGUUCCAAGACGAUAUCAAUCUGUAUCUUGUGAUGGAUUACUACUGUGGCGGAGAUUUGCUUACCCUGCUGAGUAAAUUCGAAGACCGGCUCCCGGAAGACAUGGCGCGGUUUUACAUCACUGAAAUGGUACUUGCCAUCAACAGUAUCCACGAGUUAAAGUAUGUUCAUCGAGAUAUCAAACCCGAUAAUAUCGUUCUGGAUGCGAGUGGGCAUGUCCGUUUGGCAGAUUUCGGGUCAUGUCUGAAGCUGGGACCUCAGGGUACGGUGCAAUCGAAUGUGGCUGUGGGGACACCGGAUUAUAUAUCGCCGGAAAUCCUGCGUGCGAUGGAGGAUGGUCAGGGGAAAUAUGGGCCUGAAUGUGAUUGGUGGUCUUUAGGAGUUUGCAUGUAUGAAAUGUUGUUCGGCGAAACACCUUUCUACGCGGAAAGUUUAGUAGAAACUUACGGGAAAAUUAUGAACCACAAAAACUGCUUCGACUUUCCCAACGACGACGAAGAGUUCCAAGUUAGUGAUAAUGCAAAGGAUCUAAUCAAGAGAUUAAUUUGCUCGCCGGAUUACCGACUGGGUCAGAAUGGAAUCGAUGAUUUCAAAUCGCAUCCGUGGUUCGAGGGAAUCGACUGGGAUACGAUACGAAACGGCCAGGCGCCGUACAUACCUGAGGUUUCUAGUCCAACCGAUACGUCCAAUUUUGAUGUGGACGAUACGGACAUCAAGUUGUCCGAUGCGGUGCCUCCAACGACAAAUCCCGCCUUCUCAGGGCAUCACCUGCCUUUCAUUGGGUUUACAUUCACCAAGGACAGCAGUAUAUCGGAUGUGGGGAAACUGUCACGUGCCAUUAAUAACUUAACCAAUAGUCAAUUACAACAACCGUUAGCUCCGCUCAAGUUAGAUGGUAAUCAACAACGUUCCGAAGAGAAACGACUCAGUCCGGACAGCACCCGGAAACUGCAGGAUGAAAUCAACAUUCUGACCAAGCGGAAUUGUGAGUUGGAAAGUCAAAUUAAAAGCUUCGAACGGCAGGAAUUUGCCGUCCGAAGUAGUGGAAACUCUGUGCUGGGAGAUACGGUCGAUGGCCAGUUAGAUGCUAAGUUGAAAGAGUAUGAGAAACUCAAUCGCCAGCUGCGGCAAGAGAAGGAAGAUAUGCAGAAGGAGCACGCAGACGCACUUGAAAGACUGAAACUACAAGAUAAGGAACUGAAGGAUGCCCUCAGUCAGCGGAAGCUGGCGAUGGCUGAAUACACCGAAGUAACUGACAAGCUAUCGGAUUUGAGGCAACAAAAGCAGAAACUAUCUCGGCAAGUACGCGACAAAGAAGAGGAAGUCGAAGUUGCGAUGCAGAAGGUUGACACGCUUCGAAGUGAAUUGCGGAAAACGGACAAGUCCCGAAGGGAAUUAGAAGCGAGGAUGCAGGACAUAUUGUCAGAAGUUACCAGAGAACGACAGCUGCGGGAGAGAUCCGAAGACUACUGUCGACAGUUGCAGGCCGAAAGGAGUAGAAGUUCGUCCGAUCUGGGCUCGUCUACAUCACUAGGAAUCUCAUCAUCUGACUCGAUUCGGUUAGAAAUCGAUCGAUUAGAGGUGGAAUACAGUGAAAAGAUCAACCUGCAACAAUCACGGUACAAUGCGGAGAUCUCCGCAAUACGAGACCAGCUUACGGAAGCCGACAACCUUCGGGAGAUGUUACAAAUCGAGUUGCAACAGGCUCGCGACAAGCUGGACUCGACACGGCUGGAAUCAUUCACCGAUUCGGAGGAGACCAUCAUGGAACUACGCAAACGGCAUGAGCGCGAAAAGAAGAUCCUACUGGAUGAUAAUCGUAAGCUGAGCGCCGAUAGGGAGUUACUCAGCGAACAGAAUCGACGUCUGCAGAACGACCGACUACAAAUGGAAAGCGAUUAUGAGGAAUUGAGAAAUAAACGCCAAGCAUUCAGUCAGUGGGAAAGACAGAUUUCGGAGAUCAUUCAGUGGGUCUCGGAUGAGAAAGAUGCUCGCGGUUACCUGCAAGCGUUGGCCACCAAGAUGACCGAGGAGCUGGAUUUCCUCAAACACUCCGGUUCGCUCAAUCACAACUCCAGCGACAAGAACUGGCGCAAUCGCCGCUCGCAGAAACUGGACAAAAUGGAACUGCUCAAUCUGCAAAGUUCGCUGCAGAACGAAAUUCAAGCAAAGGCCCUCAUCUCGGAGGAGCUGACGCGAACUCGAACGGAUUUGGUCGCUGCUCAAAAGGAUCUCCGCGAGGCACGCCAGAUUUGCGAGUCGUUCAGCAAUGAACUGAAACGCAAAGAAAGUCAAAUCAAGGAGCUCCAACAGCGGCUGGAAACCAACGAAGGAUUUUUGGAGAGGCCUUCGUCGCAGAUGUCCUAUCUGGACCAUUUCCUGAAGGAAUCACGCGAUGGUUCCGGCUCGACAACGCACACCAACUCCACGCUAGCAGUGAAUAUGCCGUCCCAGCAGAACAGUCAGCACGUAACAUCUACCAGUUCGUCAUCGAACAACCUUACCAACACCCCGAUGAACCAGCAUAACCAGAGCCUGUCGUCGCUGCAUCAACAGUUGCAGCAUCAGCAGGUGCAACAACAGCAGCAGCAACACCUUCAACAGCAGUCGCACACCUACGGCAACCAGCAGCAACAGCAACAGCAGCAACAGGGACACCCGAUGCACCAUUCCAACUACUCGAUGGAGAGCGAAGAAGGCGACGUCGAGGAUAACCGAGGCCAUUCGCUGUCCAGCUCGAAGAGCAACCUGAGCGAUCACUCGCUGAGCAUGCACAGCGUGAUGAUGCCAAAGCAGAAGGUGCACCAGUUCCUGGUGCGAACGUUCUCUAGUCCCACCAAGUGCAACCACUGCACCUCGCUCAUGGUUGGCCUGACCCGGCAGGGCGUGGUGUGCGAGCUGUGCGGUUUCGCCUGCCACAUGAUCUGCUGCCAGAAGGUGCCCACGCAGUGCCCGGUGCCGUCCGACCAGACGAAACGGCCGCUCGGAAUCGAUCCGACCCGCGGCAUCGGCACGGCGUACGAGGGCUACGUGAAGGUACCUAAGCUGGGAGCCGUCAAGCGUGGCUGGGUACGCCAGUUUGUUGUUGUUUGUGAUUUUAAGCUGUUUCUGUACGACAUCUCGGCGGACCGCAGUGCAUUACCAAGUGUUCACGUUACUCAGGUAUUAGAUAUGCGUGACCCGGAAUUCAACGUAUCAGGAGUUCGGGAGAGCGAUGUAAUUCAUGCAGCUAAGAAAGAUGUUCCUUGUAUCUUUAAGAUAACAACCUCCCUGAUGGACGGUGGCCCAUCGCUGCAGACACUAAUGCUGGCGGAUACCGAAUCCGAGAAAGCCAAGUGGGUGGUGGCCCUGAGCGAGUUACAUCGAAUACUGAAACGAAACAACCUACCAAAUACGGCCAUUUUCCGCGUGAAAGAGGUGCUGGAUAGCUCCCUGUCGGCGAUCCGGAGCGCAUUGAGUGCGCUCAUCAUCGAUCCGGACCGGAUUCUGCUGGGUACGGAAGACGGUCUGUUUUGUUUGGAUUUGGACCGCAGUGAGAUCGCCCGGAUAGGGGAAAGUAAAAAGGUCUACCAACUGUGGUACAUCGCGGAAGAGCAGUUGCUGGCGAUUCUGUGUGGCAAACAGCGUCAUUUGAGGCUUUUGCCAAUCCGAGCGCUGGAAGCAACGGAUGUGGAGUGGAUAAAGGUGGCGGAAUCGAAGAAUUGCAUAACAGCGUGUACGGGAAUUAUCGAGCGUGGACCGCAGCCGGUGUUCUGUAUAGUGAUCGCUUUGAAACGGCAGAACACGUCGCAGAUUGUGGUGUACGUGGUCAAUCGAAAUAGGAGUCGGCAUCAUAAGAUGUGCGAGUUUACCGUUGCGUAUCCGGUGCAGAGUUUGCAGAUGCUGUCCGAUCUUCGGCUGGCGAUAGGCCAUCAAAGUGGAUUUACGGCCUACUGCCUACAAGGAGAGGCCCAAGCAAUGCCUCUUGUCCAUCCGGAGAACCAGUUGAAUAAUUUCCUUGCGUAUUCCGGAGUCGAUGCAUGGCGAGUUAUCGAAAUUCAAUCUGGGCAAGGAUCGAACGCCCAUGGUGAAUAUCUAUUGGUAUUCCAAACCUUAGCCAUUUAUGUAGAUUUGCAAGGGCGCAAAUCUCGUGAUCGGGAAAUUAUGUACCCGGCCGUACCCACCCAUAUAACCUAUUGUGAUGGUCAUCUGCUAGUCUACUCGGAAACACAUCUCGAUAUCUUCAACGCGCAAACCGCCGACUGGGUUCAAUCGAUCGGACUCAAGCGUUCCCGUCCACUGAUGAACAAUGGCAGCCUCUCGUUGACCACUCUGAACGACGCGGCGCAUGUUAUCUACCUAGCCAAUAUGCAUACACGUGAGCUACUUAAUCUAACGCCAUGCGAUCGUGAGGGACGUCUAAAGUCGAAACGAUUUUCUUUGCGCAACGAGGGUAGUCGGACGAUACGAACAAGUACCGAUCGCCGCUCGAAGCUGAUUUCAGCUCCCACAAACUUCAACCACAUCUCGCACAUGGGUCCGGGAGACGGCAUUCAAAAGCAACGGCUUCUGGACCUGCCCACAACGAUAGAAACGGCGGAUCAAAACAACCAACAUCGAAUCUCAACGAUGCGACACGCUCCGCCACCACCACGAGCACCACCCCGCCCAAUGAUCCAUCCCCACAAUGAAGGUUCCAAUAAUUCGUUCCCAGGUGCUAAGCGGACGGCUCCGGCCCGACCACGGGAUCAACCACCCUCGUUACCAAGAUCACCUAGUCCACUCGGCAGUAUGUCAUCCCUGCAGGAUGUCCUGAAGGUCGCCGACAUGCAGUCCGAGUCGCGGCAAAGCGUCGCCAGCAACAAUUCCAGCUCGGUUUCAUCGCCACCUUCGCCGACCAAUGAUCGUCUCAGUUCCAGCUACGAUUCCUAGUGGUAAGAAUGCGGCUCAUUUCGAUGAGCUGAGCCGAGCCAGAAGCGUGGAAGCACCCGAAUGACGCCCCUGCACGUCACUUAUCGCGCUUCUGUAUUUGAAGUGUCAUGUAAAUGUUGAAGUUUACACCUACGUGUCGUUUGUAUCUCCUAAUCUCUGUUACAAAGCAAAACACAUUACAACGGAAUACUCUUAGCAUGUCAUACAUCGCUUUUGAUUUUAAAUUUUCAUAUUUAUUUUAAAGCCUUUUCUUACUUUUAUUUCUAAGAAGUACCGUAAAACGGGGCGAAUAGAAACACCUUCCAGCAUACUUAGGCAAGUAUCUCUGGAACCGUGCGUAAUAAAGUCAGUUGCAAGGGUCUUAACUUUGGGUCCCUCCUCCCUCUUUAAUUGCUGUAAUUAGGAUUCAAAACUAAUUUUGAUUUCGUUAACUUAUUUGAAAAAAGGUUGCUUGUUUCUAUUCGCCCCGCAAUGGGGCGAAUAGAAACAGCUUUAAACAAUUUUCGAUAUUUUUUCCAAUUUAAAGACAGAAAUAACUUUUAAUUCAAUUAAAACUCUAACACUAGAUUAUUAUAAUUCACCUAGUGAAGAAAAAAAUGUCGAAUGUCGAAAAAUACUUUUUUGCCAUUACGUUGUGAAAAAUAGGACAUUUCAAUUGGCUGAAGUAUGUUGAAAUGGCCUACUUUUCACCGCUGAUGCAAGUGUGCCGAAAAGUACUACUUUUCGGCACUCUUAAGAGUGCUGAAAAGUAGCACUUUUCGGCACCUUUGGCCUAACGUACUUUUCACUUGCUACCGCGCCUCCCGUAGAUUCAGCUACUACCUCUACAUCCACUGAUCUGCUGAAUCCGGAUCGAGACGAUUUCAAUCCCGAUUCAAAUUGCAAACCAGAUGUAGAGGCUCUUGCUGAAUCGACUUUUUCUUACGCCUCCACACAACUGUAUGACGCCGGGAGCUCGAGCAUUGUUGACAACUACUACAUCACAGCCUACCUGAUCGAACAAAAACCUACGCUGGCAAGCAUGGAUGCUCGCACGUGGUUCCUUCUGAUAUUGUACGUGCAGUUGAAACCCGGAAUUUUCGACUAGCGAAGUUGGAUUUUCCUCCAAAUCCGUGCGUCGGACCUAACUUCGGAAGUGGUGCGCUGUAUAGCGGACCAGGCUUACUAUACAGCGCACGACUUCCGAAGUUAGGUCCGACGCACGGAUUUAUAGAAAAAUCCAACUCCGCUAGUCGAAAACUUCGAUUUCCAACUAAAUUGAGAAUACAUGUUUGUGCAGCUAGAAAAGGUCAUAUUCAAUAAGGCAUUUUAUGAGACGUUUCAAAUCAGCUGUUUUUUGAAUGUUUACCAGUUUUGAAGUCCAACCGAUGGGCCCAUUUAUUUACAUUUUCGCUAGCAUAACAUGUGAUACAGGCCCAUUCAAUAAACGGGGUUCAUUUAUCUGCAAAAAUGCGUCAAUCCGCCCACUAUAAUUAAUAUCCGUAGACCGUGGGGAUGUUUUUUUUUCAUCUGCUAGUGACAUCAUACAGCUCGGGGGAUUCAUACAUGCCGCAUUAGAAACCGAAACAUCUCUGCCAGCAAAAAUCUGAUUAGCGCUCAUCACAUGUUAUGCUACUUUUCGCGAAAACAAAAAACACCAAAUGUAAACAAUAACAAUGAGCGGCCCACCGGUAGAACGUCUCGUAAAAUAGCUUAUGGGUAUUUUUCGUAAUGGCAAAAAAUUUUGUAUGCAACUCGUUGCAAAACUCGAUUUUUUCAGCACUCGUCAUAUUUAUCCAACUCGGCAAGCCUCGUUGGAUAAAUGUACGACUCGUGCUGAAAAAAUCAUCAUUUUGCAACUUGUUGCAUAAAUAACUAUAGUCUGUUAAUACAUACCAAAUCGAUAAAACGCAAUUUAAAUGGCGGGAGUUUUUUUACCUCCAAAUCGAUACUUAGCUUUUAAAAAUUUUCACAAAAAAAUUAACGGAAUUAUCAUCUCAAAAAAGGUUUAUUGAAACACUAGUAGCAUCCAACAAGCUAAUAAAAUUAAGUUUUGAUGAAUUUUAAAACAUAAUUGCCAUCUUUUUUACAAUAAGUUAUUUGUUUCUAUUCGCCCCAUUGUUUCUAUUCACCCCGUUUUACGGUAUUCAAAUUACUGAAUUUUAGUGCAAAAGCGAGCUUUGAAAACUAAUUGAUCUCUUCGAUAAUACAAAACUGAACUUGGAAAUCUUACCGAAAUUCUCUUAAGAAAAUACUAUUUAUGAAACGGUUGUGUUACUUUGAAAACGGACGCAAUCAAGGUCCUCAUCUCUGCAAUAACUCUUAAACUACUAACUAUUACCUACAACUACUAACAAUUACUAUUACUAAUUAGAACACGGAAAUCAAAUUCUGCCAUUUAUGUGGGGGAUAUCGUAGAAAGGAUCGUUGUGCAAUAUCAAUAAGUAGGCAUACGAACGUGGAAAUUGUGUCGUAGCAAGGAUUGGGUAUUCAAUGAGGGAGGAAACCAUUAUAAACUUCACCGGUAGAAUAGAUCAACAGUUCCAAUUUUAGAGAGACAUUUCCUAACACAGCAACUAAAUUGUCUUUUAAACAUUUCAACUUCAGCAGAAAAUGAAACAUAAUCAAAUGAGUAACACCUUAAACAACGAGUUCUUAACAGUAAACAAGAUACAUAAAUCCAUUAACUACAAAGGGGAGAAACCUCGAUACAUCUUAACCAUCAACUCACGAAAACCAUUUAGCAAAUAGGACCUGUUGAUUGAACCUUAAUCCCUGUGCUCUAAUUGAUCAUCUUGUGAGGAUUUUGCUUUUUUGUGUAUUGAUCGUUUUUGCUUGUAAGAGAAUGUGCAUCAUUGAAGCUGGAAGUGAACAGAAAGUCAAAUUGGAUAGUGAAUUUAGCUGGCGAUGGAAAGGUAAAAACGACAGUUCUUCCGAAAGCUUUCAGAAGCCUCUGUCAAUGUGUCAUUUUACCAUUUAGUCGUAAUGUCAAGCCAUUGUAGAUUGUUCAUCUUUCUCAUAACGAAUGCUUGUCGUCCGUACUAAAAAAAAUGCAGAUAAUUUGUGCGUUAAAUUUGUGGUAAACAUGUGGAGCUAGCCACCCGUCAAUAUUCGAAAAGAAACACAGAAUCAAAUUUAUCGCUACCUUUAGACACACACAAAUCUACUAUCAUUCUACAUAAGGAACUUACUGAUACAAGCUUGAACAGGUUUAGCCAUUCGGCUUCUUGGCCACGUGAAGAUGAGUGAACGAAAAUAUCGUUGAAAAGAUAAAAACUGAAGACAAUAUUUAGUAUUUCCGAUACAGAUUUACUGUAUUUGUUAAUAUUAUAUACACAGAAAAACGGAAGAGACGCGUAGGAAAUAUAAAACUAAGAAAUUCUACUGAAAACCAUGUAAAAAGAUUACUAAUGCAUUAAGUACACCAUUAACUUAAAUUUCAUUGAAUCUUCGUUGUAAAAAGAAUCACACAUUUUACCACUGUAUAAAGCACUCACAAUUUAAACCACAAAUGAUUUAAGCUUAUUUCUAAUAAGGCAUAAGUUAUUUUAUCCUAACUAACAUACCUUUUGUAACGCACCACCUCCGAUCACAAACGGCCUGAACGGCGGAUACGGCCAUGGCAAAAAAAAGUAUUUAUUUAUCCCAUCACCACCUAAUGCUACAUAAUUUAUUUGAACCCUAGCAAAUCUGUUUUCAUUACACAAUUUGAAACCUGAAAUUUUAGAAUAUUUUAUCGAUUCCGUAAUUCGUGUAAAUGGCUGCAUUUUCUUUAGUUCAAAAUAACUUUCUACAAACGCUGCUAUUAGCAAAGCUACCACCACAAUGCGGAACGGUUAUUAACGAGUGACAUUUCACUCAUAUUCGAGACAUGUUACAAUAAAAUUAUUAAAAAAAACCCUCUCAUGUCGAAUCACAGCGUCACGCGAGCAAUUAUCUAAAUUCCGACGGAAGGAGGUUAGACAAAAAAGGCAAAUGCCGGUAUAACAACUGGAAGGACCGGUAACAGCUAAGACAAGGAAAACAACUACAACGUGGAAACAUAUACUUCACUAAUAAAUAAGAUUAGCAGUAUAUAGAAUAUACCGGAAAUUCUAGUGUUUUAUAAAAUUAUAUUAAUUGUAAAAUUACCACGACAAAAUAUAUUAAUAUUAUACAAGUACUAAAACUGAAAGAUAAAAA